AUGGCUGAUACUAACGAGAUCUUAAGUAAUUGUGUUAAAAAUUUGAAGACGUCAGUAGAGUUGAUAGACAACUCUUUGAAACUAUUACAAGAAUCUACAAGAACUGUUCCCAAGUUGAAAAGAAUACUUGAAACGCGUAAACACUUUGAUUUAGUUCCAGAAGUUGAUUAUGAAAAUGCUAAAGAAGCAGUUACAAAUGAAUUACAACCACAAAUCGACAUGCUUAAAUUGCAGUUUAAUAAUGAAUUGAAAAAGUUGGAGAAAAGAAAGUCCAUAUUAUAUCAAAGAGUUCAAAUUAAGAGAGAUAAGCUACAAAAAUUUGAAAGGAUGAAUAAUAAUCUUGAUAAAGAUAAAUUGGAUAGAUUUAGAUUCUUAAGGCAUAAGAAGAAAAGAUUGAUUUAUUCCUUGACAAGACUCAAGUCACAAGAAAGAAAGAAAAGGUUAAGUUUGGGUAUUCAACCAUCUUUACAUCCUGAUUCGUAA